AUGCAGUCCCUUUCCCCACUCUCAGGCUGCUUUUCUGCCUUUUUUGCUCGCUCCCGUCGCCGCGUACAACGCGAUAAUCCCUCGAGCUCCGUCCGCGAGACCGAGCCUGUCCCCUCCGCUCCUUCCAGGUCCAUAAUCGACCAUCCAACUUCAAAGGAACACCCACCAUGUUGGAGUCCUUGCUGUGACUUUUCGUCAAAAGGCGGUGGUCUGUGGUCUCCAGUGAGCCAAUUGGAAUCGCCGCCGUCAUACAGCGUGUCACAGCGCGGAACGGACUCGAAUACGGACAUUUCGGUGGUUAGUACCAUCGAGCAGACGUUGGACUCGCUCGACGCGAAGCUCCGAGAACUUAGCCUCGACCUUCACGAGAUAAUGUUUGAAGAAAAAUAUGCACAUGAUCUUCUAACAGGAUUUCUCUCCGAACAAGGCUUCCAGGUAACGAGGCACUACCUGCCAGAAUUACCUACAGCGUGGCGAGCCGAAUUUUCUUUCGGCGUUGGAGGUCGCGUCGUGGGCGUCAACUCCGAAAUGGAUGCGUUGCCCGGGAUUGGGCACGCCUGUGGCCACAAUCUCAUUGCCGUCAGCGGCGUAGGCGUGGCGCUUUCUCUCAAAGCUGCGAUGGAGAAACACAAAAUCUCGGGGAAAAUAGUGCUUUUGGGAACACCUGCUGAGGAAGCAGGAGGUGGGAAGGUUAUUCUCCUGGAACGUGGCGCAUACAAUGAUAUGGACGUCUGUCUCAUGUGCCACCCAAGCCCUGGUGAACCUCACUCCGCUAGCAUAGGACCGACAAUUGCCAUGCAGGCUAUCGAAGUGGAAUUCUUUGGUCAUAGCGCGCACGCCGGAGCUGCCCCCUGGGAAGGAACGAACGCUCUAGACGCUGCAUUUUUAGCGUACUCCAGCAUAUCGAUGCUUAGGCAACAACUCAAGCCCGACCACCGCAUCCAUGGCGUAAUCCAGGGCAAGGAUUGGUCUCCAAAUGGCAAAGCGGCCGGAAUGGCGACGUCAUGUAGUGUUGACCUGAAAACAGAGCUUCCUUAUUAUGACUUACGCCAAAAUACCGUUCUGGCUCAAUACUUCAGCGACGUGGUCAGUGCUCGGUACGGGGUCCAGACGACAGACGCCGCUCUCCCCGUUAUUCACCCGGCCUUUGCAAUUCCGACUCUACCCCACGGAGGGAACCAUACACCGGCAUUUGAGAAAGCUGCCAAAACGCAGAAGGCCCACGAGGCUAUGAUGGCUGUCACCAAGGGCCUGGCUCUAACAGGCCUAAGAGUCCUCAAUGACGCAUCUUUCUUGUCCCAGGUGCAAACGGCCUUUACUCUGGACAGUGCUGGAAAGCCAACGUCAUAG